GGCCCAUUGGCUCCCGGCUCCAGCGCCGCUCCGUCCUCGCCUAGCCACCCGACCGUCGCCGCUGAGCUUCCCGCGACCAUCCACCGGCUGCCGCGCCCGUUCCUCCUCUCGGGGCCGUGCGCUAGGGUUUGGAGCCGCCGGCCGAAUCCCCGCCACUCCGCCCGUUCCUCUUCUCGGGACCGUGCGCUAGGGUUUGGAGCCGCCGUCCGAAUCCUCGUCAUGCCGCCCGUUCCUCUUAUCGGGGUCGUGCGCUAGGGUUUGGAGCCGGCGCCCGAAUCCUCGUCGCGCCGCCGUCUCCGGUGCCUCCAAGGAAGGCCGGCUUGCUCGUCAUACCACGAAACCUGCUCCUCCCCCCAUAGCCAUGGCAGACACCAAUAUGAAGUACAGGUUACGGGAAAUUGAGUUCCUGGGGAACCGUAAGCACAUCAUUGUUCUUCAAGAUGAUGCUGAAUGGUGUCCCCUUGUGGAAAUUUCAAAUAUUGUUCUGCUAAGGGAUGAAGUACCACAAGGCAUCACUAUUUGUAGAACAACUAAUGGAGAAAAAUAUGUUCGAAGGGUCACGCUGGACCAUCUUCUCUACACUUUUAUGUUGAGGAAGAUUCGUUUAGCUGUGCACAAGGGUCUUGCUACUGAAGACCAGAUGAAUGCAACCUUGCCAGUUAUUCUUGCAAACAUCCGUAGCCUAUCCACCAGCUUCAAUGUAUGUCCAGGAGGACUCAAAAGGACCAGUGAUCUUGAGGAUGGCAUGGAGAAACAAUUGUAUGGAAGUUUGGGUACUCAGAUAUACCAUGGAUUUUUGGUCGACUGUCAGGAUGCUGAUACAAGUGAGGCAGUUGGAAUGAAAACUUACCGUCAGUUACUUAAAGAAGUAGAAGACUUGGAGACCUCAACAUCUGAGGGCAAUAUUCAGAGAAGCACAGUGAUUCGGAAUUUUUCGAACAGUUCUAAGACCCAGCUCACUCCUUAUGGGUAUGUCCUUAGUCUAUAG